AUGUCUGUUAUCCAAAAACACAUUCACUCUUUACAAGAACUCAACCCUGAGAAGGAGAGUUGGAAUAUCCUUGCAAGAGUUGUAAGGUUAUGGUUUGUUGAAGAUUACACAAAAGGAAAAACUCCAUUUUCCGUGGAAAUUGUUCUUCAAGACCAAGAGGGUGUACUAAUCCAUGCAUCUGUUAGAGUCACAUUGAUAUACAAAUUCCAGUCUGAAAUCAAAGAGGAUAAGGUUUACACCAUCCAAUCUUUUAGUGUUUCAUGUAAUGGUGGUUCUUAUAGAACCACAAAACACGCCUAUAAGAUCAACUUCCAAUUUGGAACCAAGGUCAAUAUGGUGCAAAAUGUCAUUGGGAUGUUUACUGGUGUUGGAACAGAGAGGGAGCUAGAGAAAGCUAGUAAGAAAACCAAAAUGAAUGUCAUCCUUAUUGAAGAUGAUGGUUUGCAACUGGAGUGUACUUUAUUUGGUCAAUAUGUUGAUAUGUUAAAUGCAUUUCUAGCCUCUGGAGAGGAUCAACAUGUUGUCAUUGCUUUGCAUUAUUGCAAAGUGAAGACCUUCCAAGAUAAAGUUUCUAUUCAAAACUGUAUGAACUAUACCAAGAUAAUUUUUAACUAUGAUGGUGAAGAUGCAACCAAGUUGAAAAAAAUAGUUAGCUUAGAAGAUGAUUUCAUUAAGCUGCAUCCUAGGAGUUCAAUUGAAGGUCUAAAAGAUUUUAAGCAGGAAAGUACUUUUGUAGUAAAAGCUACUAUCAAACAUGUGCUAGAUCAUGAUGAUUGGUGGUAUACAGCAUGUAUCUGCAACAAAGUAGUUUAUCUUGAUUCCAAAAUGUUUUUUUGUGAAAAGUGUAACAAGCAUGUCAUUAAGGUUACACCUAGGUAUAAACUGAAACUUUGUGUAAUUGAUGCUACGGAUUCUACAACUUUUGUUGUAUUGGAUCGUGAUGCAAGUGCAAUGUUGAAGAAAUCAUGCUUUGGCAUUCUUGACUUGCAAGACAAGGUUAAGUUUUUAAUCUAA